CAGAGAAUUACAUAUGCAAAUGACAGGGGGAAACAGCCCAAUCCGCGCAAAUGAGACGUGCAGGAUAAAUACAGAACGAUAGAGAACAUAAUAGCUUUCCCAAGGACAACUUUUCAUUAACACUCAUUUAACAGACAUAAAAUUCGUGCCAUCUUGAAUAAUAAAGUGCAAUUUAACAUAGGGAUUAAACGUUUUUUCGAAUACAUUCUUGGUGGAAAUAACCUAUAUUUUUAACAUCACUUUAAGGAUUUUUUAAAUCGUGACGGUAGAAAGAGCUUCGAUGAGGAUCUUCGUUUGGACAGGAGCGACAGAUUGGCGUUUGUCUCUUUAAGGACCACACCGUCAACCACGUUACUUUGAUUGACAGCUGAGGAUUGUCACUCUCCCACAGACCGACCUUCUCCUUCUCCAUUCCAAUCUCAGCACUGGCGCGGCUGCCAUUGGCUGGCGUCCGCGUAGCUCAGUAUGAUCGACAAGAAUGAACUCUCAGGGAUGAACCCUAUUGGUGAGUUUUACUUGGAACGUCUUGUACCCACGUGGGUACAGAGCUUCUAUUGGCCGAAUUCAGUUUUCUGGGGUGGUCCCAGGUCCGGUUAGCGCUGGGAGUGUGAAACCGCGUGUGAAAGUACCCAGUGUGUAGGAGUAGGACAGGGGGUUGCAUUGUAAUUGCUAUUAUAGAGAUUAUUAUUAUCAAUACUCCUGGUUUUUUUGUUACAGAACCUUUUCUAAACCAAGUACCUUCUCGGACCGCUAUUAUCGUUUACUUCUUGUGUUACUGAGCGUUAUUAAUGCUGAAAAACAACUUCGAUCCAAUCGUUAAUUGGCGACACUUUUGUCACGAUGAACUUUGGAGGAUUUUCUCUUGUAGCUAGAUUUCCCUUUUUGACGUUGCGGUCGGGCUUUUGGUGAAAAUCUUUUUGCUUCGCGUUUUUCUUUCCUUUCGAUUCAUUUGGAUAUCAUCCCGUGGAGACUGCAUCAUUACGCUCGAAGGAGUAAAGAUAUUUCUGCGCGGGGCGGGGACUUUUUUCUUCACCUGUUUUUUCCUGAUGGUUCUUGUUGUGAUUUUAUACGAUUGAUUUUCUGUUCCUCUGUUGGAGUACCUUAAGAGAUCAAGGAACAGUCUCACACCCGAACUCAAGUUAGUUGAUUUAAGAGCCGCUGUGGCUGGAGCGGUUGUUUUGCUCUGUGGAGUUGACACCGACUGGGACGGGGGUCGAGCAUUGGUGUUAUUGUAGGGCCCCGUUUUCUUCGGGGACGAUCCAGGAUGACUUUAUCAUAAUUCACAAUUUCUCGGGAGAGCUUUUUUUCAGAAACUUUAAAUAUAAACACGGAGACCAGUCGAUACUCGACCGAAGCGAGAAAGCGAGCCAUGUUUCCUCAAAGCAGACACCCGACUCCGCACCAGGGUCCCGGACAGGCAUUUAAAUUCACAAUUCCCGAGUCCUUGGAUCGGAUAAAAGAAGAAUUUCAGUUUCUACAGGCCCAGUAUCACAGUCUGAAGCUGGAGUGUGAGAAGCUGGCGGGGGAGAAGACUGAGAUGCAGCGCCACUAUGUGAUGUAUUAUGAAAUGUCCUAUGGGCUCAACAUCGAGAUGCACAAACAGACGGAGAUCGCUAAGCGGCUGAACACCAUCUGCGCGCAGGUCAUCCCUUUCCUGUCACAGGAACACCAGCAGCAGGUGGCCCAGGCCGUGGAGAGAGCCAAACAGGUGACCAUGGCUGAGCUCAAUGCUAUCAUCGGGGUACGUGGACUUCCUGGUCUACCUCCUACACAGCAGCACCUGUCCCAUGGCCACGCCCCCCCCGUCCCCCUGACCCCCCACCCCGCGGGGUUGCCGCCCCCCGGCCUGCCUCACUUGGGGGGCAGUGCCAGCCUAUUGGCUCUCUCCAGCGCCCUGGGCGGGCCCCCGCACCUGUCUAUGAAAGAAGACAAGAAGAGUGCCCACGAGUCCGACCACCACAGAGAGCGAGAGCCCAGCACGAGUAACUCCCUGCUGAUCCCAGAGAGCUUGCGCAACUCAGACAAGCGCCGGAAUGGGCCGGAAUUCUCCAGCGACACCAAGAAAAGGAAAGUGGAGGACAAGGACUCCAGCCACUAUGACAGCGAUGGAGAGAAAAGUGAUGACAACCUUGUUGUGGAUGUUUCCAAUGAGGACCCGGCGUCUCCCCGUGCCACGCCCAUCCCCUCCCCCAGGGAGAACGGUCUGGAUAAGACACGCCUCCUGAAGAAGGACGCCUCCUGUAGCCCCGCCUCCACUGCCUCCUCUGCGAGCUCCUCCUCCCUCAAGUCCAAAGAGCUGAGCCUGCAGCAUGAGAAGUCCAGCACUCCCACCCCACGUGGAGACGCUACCCCCGGCCCCAGUGCCACGCCCGGCCUGCGCCCCAGCCUCACUAAACCUCCCUCCAUGGAGCUGCCACACCCACCCACAGCAGGCUUGCGGACCCCUCUGGCAGUACCCGGUCCGUACCCCGGUCCAUUUGGCAUGGUGCCCCACGCGGGUAUGAACGGGGACCUGACCAGCCCAGGAGCCGCCUACGCCAGCCUCCACAACAUCUCCCCUCAGAUGAGCGCUGCUGUAGCCGCCUACGGCCGCUCGCCCAUGGUGGGCUUUGAUCCACACCCCCACAUGCGUGUACCUGGAAUGCCUCCUAACCUGCCCGGGAUCCCAGGGGGGAAGCCGGCGUACUCCUUCCACGUGAGCGCAGACGGGCAGAUGCAGCCGGUGCCCUUCCCUCCGGACGCUCUGAUUGGCCCGGGGAUCCCGCGCCACGCCCGGCAGAUCAACACGCUGAGCCACGGGGAGGUGGUGUGCGCCGUCACCAUCAGCAACCCCACCCGCCACGUCUACACCGGGGGCAAGGGCUGCGUCAAAGUGUGGGACAUCAGUCACCCUGGCAACAAGAGCCCCGUGUCCCAGCUCGACUGCCUGAACAGGGAUAACUACAUCCGCUCCUGCAAGCUCCUCCCGGACGGCUGCACUCUAAUCGUGGGGGGGGAGGCCAGCACGCUGUCCAUCUGGGACCUGGCCGCCCCCACCCCCCGGAUCAAGGCGGAGCUCACCUCCUCCGCCCCCGCCUGCUACGCCCUCGCCAUCAGCCCCGACUCCAAGGUCUGCUUCUCCUGCUGCAGCGACGGCAACAUCGCCGUGUGGGACCUGCACAACCAGACGCUGGUCAGGCAGUUCCAGGGUCACACGGAUGGGGCCAGCUGUAUUGAUAUUUCUAAUGACGGCACUAAGCUGUGGACGGGAGGUCUGGACAACACUGUGAGGUCCUGGGACCUGCGAGAGGGUCGGCAGCUCCAACAGCAUGACUUCACCUCUCAGAUCUUCUCCCUGGGGUACUGUCCCACUGGAGAGUGGCUUGCUGUGGGAAUGGAGAGCAGCAACGUGGAGGUUCUGCACGUCACCAAACCCGACAAGUACCAGCUACACCUGCACGAGAGCUGCGUUCUCUCCCUACAGUUUGCCUACUGUGGUAAAUGGUUUGUGAGCACUGGGAAGGACAACCUACUGAAUGCCUGGAGAACACCUUAUGGAGCCAGUAUAUUCCAGUCGAAGGAGUCUUCCUCGGUCCUGAGCUGUGACAUCUCCGUGGAUGACAAAUACAUCGUCACCGGCUCCGGGGACAAGAAGGCCACCGUGUACGAAGUUAUCUACUGAAUACCAAAGUCUUUUCUUUUAUCAAAUCUAUUUUUUUACUCACAUAAACUGAACUGAAUUCGAGAACCUCCCAGAACUACAAAUCCCACCUGUCAGCUGGGGGCGACUGACCCAUCAGAUCGGACCCAGGUGGCCUGGGGGGCGGAGCCUCUGCAGGGGGAGGUCAGCUGACGGGUAGCUGCACAGGUGGUUGAAUAUUGGGAGGAGUGUGAAGCGAAGUGGAUUUCACGCUUUUAUUUACCGGACGAAGAAUGUGUGGCGUCUCAGUGACCUCAGCCCUUCCUGCUGUCACAUUCCGCAACCCUUGACCCCUGAACUCUGACCUCUAGUGAUGUCCUAUCCACUUCUCUUUGAUUAUGCCACCUUGAUAUCUUUUUUUUGUGAUGGUCAAGCUAAUGUAUAAAUUGUAUAUAUUUGGUUAUUACAGUAAAUUCUUUAGUAACAGCAAUGUUUGGUAUGUCUUUUUAAAAAUAACAUAGCAAGGAUAACACUUGGUCUAAAUACUGUCUAAUAUAAUAUGAUGGAUUCGUCUACACAAUAAAUGUUUUUUCUAACAA